AGUUAUUAGAGUGGAAAUUGUAAAUCCCGCGCAAAGUGCAAGAGAGAAAGACAACCCAAGCCGGUUAAGUGUCUAUCUCCGUCAGUGCGAGCCGAUCCGCCAUUCCAUUUUGAUUUGACAGUGACGCCGGAAACAAGCUUUAAUAAGUCCGCGUGUUCUUGUAGUGUUUUAAGUGGAAAAAAAGCAGCGAAAACACGAUGGAUACCGCGCAAAAUGGCUCGGCAGGUAUCAAACCUGGCCAGGAAGAGGACAAGAAGCUCUUCGUCGGCGGGCUCACCCUCGAAACGACCGAAAAAGAAUUGCAAGACUACUUCGGACAGUUCGGCCCCAUACAAAAUGUGACCAUCAAAAUCAACCCGCAAACCGGUAAGUCGAAAGGGUUUGCCUUUGUCUUGUUCAACGCGGCCGAUACGGUCGAUCAAGUUUUGACCCAGAAAGAACACACAAUCAACGGCAAAACCGUCGACGCCAAAAAGGCCAAAGCCAAGCCCGGCAAAAUUUUCGUCGGCGGCAUCACGCCCGAAUUGACCGAUGACGACAUCAAACAAUACUUUUCGCAAUUCGGCUCCAUCACCCAAGUCGAGAUGCCCUUUGACAAAACGAAAAAUCAACGUAAAGGUUUCUGCUUUAUCACCUUCGAAAACGACGCCAUCGUUAAAGAAUUGCUCAAGAAACCCAAGCAAACCAUCAAAGAUAAACAAGUGGAUGUUAAAAAAGCCGCCACUCAACCAAACAACAUGAUGGGUGGACGUGGUGGUGGAGGUAGUUGGGGGGCUGGAGGCCGUGGAGGCCAAUCUCGUGGCGGACGCGGAGGACAAGGAAGCUGGGGAGGUGGCGGCGGCUGGGGCGGCCAAGGUGGCUGGAACGACUACAGCACCGGCUAUGGAGGUGGAUACGAUAAUGGUUACUCAGGAGGUUACGAUUACUACGGUGGAGGUUAUGGAGGCGGCUACGGCAUGGAAUCUGGUUAUGGACCAACUGGAGGCGGCGGCGGUGGUAGCUACGGAGGUGGACGUGGCGGAGGCGGCGGUGGCCGAGGUGGUCGCGGUGGCGGUGCCAGAGGUGGCCAAAGGCACCAGCCUUACUGAAACCUGAGUGUAAUUGUAGACUUUUAAGGAGAAAAUGUGUGAGAAUGUUUUUUUUUUGUGCAGUGAUUACAUAGCAUUCGAUGCUAUAUAUUGUAAUAAUAUUAUUGUGGACUUCCAGAAACCAGGAUUUCAGUUUUUGUAUUUUUUUCAGUCUCUUUUAUUUUUUUCUCACGAUUAAUUUUUGUAAAGUUAAAAAUUUGUCAUCAGUCGCUAUUUAUGUUUGUGCCUCUUAUUCAAGAGGAGUAUGAAAAAGAGAAAUGUUCAAGUAACAUUUCUACGUUUAUUUCCAUAUUUAAUUAAUCAUAAUAAUUAUAAAAAUAAAUAACUUAAAUAAAUAAAUAACCUCUCUGAAAAACUCUCUAAUCUCUUUUCU